UUUACUUUCGGCCCGGAUUGUAACAAUGUAAACAAUGGCUCAAGUUAAAGAAACAAUUAACAUUUUAGUCAAUAUAUUACAGCUAAAUGGAUUUUCUAAAUGCAAACCAGAGUAUUUUAGGCUUGCCAAAUUCGACAACAAUGAGACGGUAGAGCAAUUUUGGAACAUGCUAUUUGAAAUGACCCUAUUUCUACAAUAUGGACAGUCAUCGACCUCCCCGUAUUAUACACUUAGAGAGUGUAGUAAAGAUGUAAAAGUAAGAUUAACAAAAAGGUCCCUGCAGGAUAUGGGAUACCUGUCACCCCAAUUUUCUAGUCUUCCAGCUGAUAUGACCUGUGGAAGUCGAGAACUGUUGUUGGCAUUUGCUUGGGUCUUGACUACACAAAGGGUCAUGGAUCACAUCAUGGAAUUUUCUGUGUCACCCCUGGAGAAAUGUUUCCCAUCAUCAACAGGGGCACAGAAAUCCAGAGACAGAAGAAUGCCGGAUCAUUUGUCUGUGUGCAAGAGGCUUCAGAGACAUCAGCUUCUGAAUGGCAAACUGCACUUGACACUCAAACACAUGUUUGCCCUGCAUAGAGAGAGCUGUAGGCUUCAACACAAGGUGCAUACAUGUACAGAGGGCGUGUCUGUUACCCCUGUCCUGCCCCACCUGAGACCAGGGGAAGUGUACCUGCUUCAACACCCCCAACAUCUUAAUACAAUGCUCGAAGCUUUUGAAAAAGAGAUCAAAAUGUUGAACUGUGUGAUAUUGUGGCAAGAACAUGAACAUAAUUUCUGGAAAUGGAUGGAGAGUGUGUUAGCGCUGAAGUUGCAAGAGCAGGCCCAGGCCAGUAGGGCCUCUCUAGUUCACUACAACAUCAGCUGUUCGGACCUUCCAAAUCUAGCUCAGACGAGGCGUCAGUUAGAGACUUGUAUCCUGCAGCUGGAACCAGUUAUCUCUCACCUGGAAGACCUCUGGUUUAGUAAGCAAAAAGAAAUGCACAUGUCAGAUGCUGAAAGGCUGGCAUACACUGUGAACGUUGAGCUGAACGCUCGGCAACAGGCGAUAGGCACCUCGCCUGCAUCCAUCCACCACCAGCUGACAGGCCGUCCAGUAUUCGUACAUGCUAAACCAGAGCCUAAGCAGGUCAACAGGGUGUUUAUACCAGAGUUACAGAAAACUGAAAGUGUCGGAGAAUUUGUGAACAUUGAAACAGAAAUUGCUAAAAUUCAAUCAGAGAUUAAUGUGCUAGAACUUGUGAUUGAAUCAAAAGAAAGGUUUUAUAAACAGAAACUAGACUCUCUAGCGGCCAGAGUUCCUAAUUCUAUAUGCAUCCAACCAAUAUAAUUUUGAAAUACAGUCAAUCUUGUAUUAAGAGACCACUCAAGGGAGUAAUCAAAAGUGGUCUCUUAAUAAAACGGUCUUUGAAUACAAAAGGCCAUUCUGGAAGAAUGCUUACCCUCAAUUUUAAUCUAUAUGAAGGAUUAUCUCUUUUAUCCACAAUAAUUUUAACUUUUAUAAUAAAAUGAAUAUAAACACAAUACAUAAACAAUAUUUUGCUUAUAAUGUGUUUUAUUUUUCACUUAUUAUAAAUUAUCAUUUAUUAUAAAUCAAUUGUGUGUACAUAUUUAUUUGCAAAAACAACAUAGACAAGGAAAUAUUUUUCCUAAGAACAAAGAAUUUUGCUAAAAAUGUGUAACAGUCUACAUAUACAUGUGUACAGCUAAAACUAGAAAUAAAUGUCAGAAGCCAAAAGCUAUGAUAUAUUAUCACAUGUAUUUCUCUUUCCGUUUCUAUAUUGCGCGUUUUUUUUCACCUGACACAUUAUUUUCCACGUCUUCAAGCACCUCGGCUUUACGCUUAAGAAUGUUCUGAAUUUGGGUUUUUCCGACUCCAAUCUCGUCUGCGAUUUUACGUGCACUUAUACUCUUUGACAAUUACAAAACCCGAAUUUUCUCGUUCAACGUUAACACUUUUUGUUUUGACAUUUUAAUUUCUGCAUGUACGCUUAAGGAAAUCUAACUCGAUUAUGAUACAUAAUGAGCUGAAAAAAUUAAAACACGUCAAUUGAAAACAAACAAUCAGACCUGGUUGGAAAAUUUAUUAAGUAAAUAACAAUGUAAUUGGCUUACAAAUAUCUACUAAUUAGCAUUAUUACAAAUUGGUAAUGUACGGAUUUCGACAGAUGUUGCCGAUUAAUAGUUUAUUUUCCGCACUUCUCAGGAAAUGUUUGUCGCGUACAGUGCAUUGUUUCUGCACCUGUUAUAUAUACUCGAGAAAAAUCGGCAUUGUCUCUUAACGAUCCACAUAGUAAAAUAAUUUAAGCUGUAGACUGUGCGCAAUACGUUCCCCUAUUAUUCAACUCAAUAAAUUAAUACGCAGUCUACAACAAUACCGGUCAGAACCGGUCAACGAGACAAAGCAUAAUCAUAAUGGUUGUGAAAACAAAGCAGAGGUGUAACAGUACAUCUUAUCGGCUUAGAUAAACAAUUAACACGGAUUUGUCCCUGAAAGAUCGAUAGAUUAACCACUUUUACCUCCUAGUGGUCGCUUAAUACAAGAUUCGGACAUCAAAAUACACACAAAUCAGCGGUCGCUGGUCGCGUAAGACAAAAGUCGCUUAAUACAAUAUCAUUAUAUAGCGAAAAAGCUCCGUGGGAUUUCAAAAUGGUCGCAUAAGACAAAGGUCGCUUAAUACAAGUGGUCGCAUCCACAAGAUUGACUGUAUAUUGUUAAAGUAUUGCUUUGUCAUUGUUAUCAAUUGAGUCGCGUUCUGAGAAAACUGGGCAUAAUGCAUGUGCGUAAAUUG